UCCCUAGCUGCGGCCGGGCAAUUCAGCUGCGGCCGGAGCCGACAGAUGGGGGGCGCCUCCGCUGCAGUGCAAGAAGUGGGACCAUCGGGACGGCCCGGGGACCUGGGUACGGAAAGCCAGCAAGGUUGGUCGGCCGUGGAAGGGCGCGCGCGCGAACAGCCCGGCCGCUUAUGAGGGCGGCGAGCGACCGAGGCGGCCCGGGCCGGGGCCGUCUCGGUUGCGAUCGAAGCAGCGAGGCGCGUGGCCCCGCAGUCGAAAAACCCGAGCGGGGCUCCAUGAACGCCCCCCAGAGCGACGCCGAGCAGGUCAACAUCGGGACCAUCCUCGGCUAUUGGUCGCGAGUAAUCGGAGAGAACUUCGAGGGCAGUGGACAAAUGCCCGCGGCCCAUCUCCCGUGUGUGUCCAACAUGAUCCCGGCACUGCUUUGGGGCCCGGCGUUGAUAUUGGCCGGGGGCCGCGGCGAGGCCAGUGCCGCAGAACGAAGCAAGGCCGGCGGCCUCCGGAACGAAAGCGGGCGCCCCUCGCCCUGCCUCCUCUAUAGGGUGGCAAGGGAAGCCGGCAGGCACCCGGGCGCCCUCGGAGGCACUCCCGGGCACCUCCCCUGCGGGAGAGUGCCUGUCAGUCUGCCUUCCUUGCGCUUAAGUGUCCGGCCAACCCCCUGCGCUGAAGUGUGUCGCCCCGUUCUUUCCGGAGGCGGGCCGGUGUGCCCGUUCGGUGGGCCAAUCCUUGCGCCGGCGCAAGCAUUGGCGCGGUGGUGGCCUUGGUGGUGGCGCUGCGCGGUGCAGGCCUUAAGUGGCGGCCUUGCGGCCCAUCGCCCCGGAUCCCGGGAAUGGCACCCCAGUCGGUGGCGUUGGGGUUCAUCGGGAUCGGGGCCCUCCUGUACUCGCAGAGCGCGCCCCCCCCCGGUUUCCCGACGGUCGGGCGUGCGUUAGUUUGUGACCGUGGUCGUCGCCGAUCGGGCUGAUGUGUGCGCGCCAGCCCGGUGCCGCUUCGGCGGUGCUCGCGCCUGGUAGCGCGCGGGCAGUGGUCAUUCUUUCUCCCCCAGCGGCUCCUCAUGGCGCGUUUUGUGGCGAGGGCGACGUCUUCCUCCCCCGCUGGCGCAGCAAGGCUACGCACAGACCGACCUCUUUGGCAAAUUCAUCAGGCUCGUGUCGUCCUAUGUCUGUCAGUUCUGCCAAAAUAUGCC